GCUGAGAAAAAGCAGAGGAGUUUUCUCUUUGUCUGCAUCGGCCGCCACACUCUCGUUUCCGCUCUCAAACCCCGAAGCUCACAGCUAUGUCUUUUGCAGCAGCAUCUAGGGUUUUCAAAACCUGCCGGCCUCUCCUGGCCCCCUCCAAGUCCGCCGCCGCUGCUUCAAACCCGGCAACACCAGCCAAGAAAGCAAAGGCAGCCUCGAAGCCCAAGUCGGACGCGCCCAAGAAAGCUAGCGGCAUACUGAAGCAAGUUGCAGUCUCCCCGGAGCUUCGAAGCUUCCUUGGAGUUACUGAGGCUUCUCGGACCGACGCUGUUAAGAAGAUCUGGGCACACAUCAAGGAACAUCAGCUCCAGAACCCUGCGAACAAGAAAGAGAUUAUCUGCGAUGACAAGCUGAAAGCAAUCUUUGCUCAGAAGGAGAAAGUUGGGAUGCUGGAGAUCGCAAAGUUGCUGUCACCUCAUUUCAACAAGUCUGGUUAGUUGGGGGGAUGACACCAUGUCGAGCAUUUGGGAAUCUCUUACUAAGCAGGCUGUUAGUAAAUUUUUCAUUGUGAAUUUCUCUCUGGAAUGUUGUUUUUCUUGUCGAUAUUUGUGGUUUCGUUCGAGUCCCAAACUGUUGACACUGGAAACACCAUUUGUUGCAAGUGAACUAGCUCUGAUCUUGACUCUUGUAAAAAGUAGUUAGGAGAAGAAAGCACUGGCCUCGUCAACAAUGGUUAACAGCUCACUUUCAUAUCCCAUGGUCCUAUCCUCUUCAACAGCUCACCCUUUUGAUGGCAUGGUGUUUGCAGUGUUUAGUUGGGCUGUCUCUAUUUUCCAUUUUCAUAGUGCAAGUAAGGGUGAGCAUAAGAAUUUGUAUUGGUACAAUUUUUUAUUGCCCGCUGUUUGAACACAAGAUCCGAAUUCAACAUCCUAU